AUGGGCGAGAAAGACUUUUGGUCCACCGAGACCUACGAAGCAGUUGCUUCCUUUGUGCCUCACUUUGCAGACACUCUAGUCCAGAGCAUAGAGUUCAGCCCUACUGAUCGGGUCCUGGAUAUUGGAUGCGGUGAUGGGAAAUUCACCACCUCUUUUUCUCCCGUAGUGGGAUAUGUGAUGGGAGUUGAUUCUUCCCCGGCAAUGAUUGAAGCUGCAAAGAAACUGGACUACGGAGGAGCAGUCACGGACUUCAGAGUUGUCGAUUGUCGGCUCCUGAAUAAGGAGGUUGAUAUUGUCAAUGGCAACUGGGAUAAAGUAGCCUCUAAUGCUGCCUUGCACUGGGUUCUGAGAGAUCCAACCACCCGUGUCUCUACACUGGAGACAGUGUUCCGCUCCCUCAAACCAGGAGGCACAUUUUUCUUCGAGAUGUGUGGAUUCGGCAAUGCACCUGAAAUGGUCACAUCAUACAUCUUUGCACUUGUGAACCAUGGGAUUCCAAUCGAAAAGGCGGAGGAAAUGUGCCCCUGGUUCCAUCCCUCCGAUGACUACAUGAAGGGUCUGCUAGAAGACAUUGGCUUCCAGGUUCAGAAGAUAGAUCUGAAGCCGAAGCCUCUGAAGAUGAAUCCUGAAAUUAAUGGUGGGCUUGAAGGAUUCAUGGGGCUUCUUGGGGCUCCAUGGUUGGAUCUCCUAGACACGGAAGAGAAGAAGAAAAGUGCUUUGAAGCAAAUGUGCCGCAUGCUGCGACAUGGUACCACGAAGGAAGAUGGGAGUCAGUGGAUUACUUAUUAUAGCUUGAGAUGUGUGGCUGUUAAGCCUCUGUCUUAG